UAACAGUGGUCACAAACUAAAACUAACCCAAAGUAAUGUCAUUAAUUUAGUCGUGGUCUAUAUUUGAGUGCUAUUUAUGAAUGAUAUAGCCUUCGCCGGCUGGCUGAAGUUCGUGGAAGCACACAAGUGAUCUACGACAACGAGGACGUGGCAAUCUAAAGGCUUUGCCUUUCUAGUCUUCUGGCCUUUUGAAGAACAAGGCUGCUUCUCCCAUAUCUUUUAUAUUGUCAUUUGCACACUCCUUUCUAACUUGCAUGGAGAGUCUGGUAGAGGAGAUUUGAUUGGCGUCAAAGAAUCCUUAGGAAACCCAAAAGUUUUACAGAGUCGAUCGAUCUCAUGGGAAACUCGUGGGCAUGUUUCAGUCCCAAGGAGAAGGAGGUGAGCUUUGUAAGAGAACCCUCAAAGCGCUUGCCCAACUACUCUUCUCCUUUCUCACCCUUCAGUUUCUCCACCAAAAGCAAAAGCAAGAAAAGGGAGAAUCUUGACGAGUACGACGAUGCUCUCAUUCAACAGCAGGCCCAGCUUGCCGCCGCUCUCCUCUUCCAGCAUCAUCAGCAGACCGGUUCUCUGCCCCUCAACCGGUCCACCUCUGUCGUAUAUCCAUCUCCUGCUCCUAAAAAGAUCCCAAGGAGUUCCAGUUCCGGGCAGCACUCACGCGCCGACCAUUCUCUCAUUCACCCUCAUCAGCUUCUUAAUCAGGAUGUGAAGAUUGAGGGUCUGGAAACCAAUCGCUUAGUCCUUGUUCACGGAGGUGGCUUUGGUGCUUGGUGUUGGUAUAAAACUAUAACACUUUUGGAAGAGAGCGGAUACAGAGUUGAUGCAGUUGACUUAACAGGCUCUGGGGUUCAUUCAUUUGAUACAAACAGCAUUACCACUCUUGCACAAUACGUAAAGCCGCUUACUGAUAUCCUGGAGAAACUGGGAGAUGGGGAAAAGGUGAUCUUGGUGGGACAUGAUUUCGGUGGUGCUUGUAUUUCAUAUGUAAUGGAGUUGUUUCCCUCUAAAAUCUCAAAAGCGAUUUUUGUAGCUGCAGCGAUGUUGAGUAGUGGGCAGAGUACCCUUGACGUGUUUUCCCAACAGAUGGGCUCAAACGAUCUGAUGCAACAAGCUCAAGCGUUUUUGUAUGCCAACGGGAAAGAUCAGCCUCCGACUGCCAUUGAUCUUGACAAAGCAUUGGUGAAAGACUUGUUGUUCAAUCAAAGUCCUGCUAAGGAUGUUUCAUUGGCAUUAGUUUCAAUGAGGCCAAUUCCUUUUGCACCGGUUAUGGAGAAGCUCUCACUCUCUGAGGCAAACUAUGGCUCUGUUCGGAGAUUCUAUGUAGUUACUCAAGAAGAUUGUGCCGUACCAGUUCCUCUACAGGAGAACAUGGUACAAACAAAUCCCCCAGAAGAGGUGUUCUGGCUCAAAGGUUCUGAUCAUGCACCUUUCUUCUCAAGGCCUCAGUCCCUGCACAAAAUACUUGUAGAGAUAUCACAAAUUCCACCAAAGCAUGUCUGAAUGCUAUAUAUUGUGGCCUUUGGCAUCUUCCAAUCUGUAUAGGAUGUUUACAUGUAUUUUAUAGGCUUUAUAGUUACAAUGAGCAUCUACCAGUCGUAUUCUACUUU